CGCAUGAAAGCAAAGCAGACGAGACGCGUCCCCAGCAAGGGUUACAAAUAAAUGUAACCGAUCGAUAGGAAAAUGAUGUGGUCGUGGGUGAGCACGCUAUAUGAUUUAAUAAAAGAAAUAUUUUGGCCAUUCCUCUUAAUAUGUAAUUAUUUUAUACCAGAUUUAAAACAUAAGAAAUAACCCACUGAACUAGUACUCUGUUAAAAUACCGUAUAUAUUACUAAAGUAAAUACGAUGUCAAUGAAUCAACCUCUCCUAUUCCCGUAGCCUUAGUAACAUGAACACUUUUUCAUGGGCUAAGUGCAGGCGGGGUCUUCGCUGUUCUUUUAAUCGACGAGUAUAAAGACGACUGAUGAGUGUAUUUUCUAGCUUUCUGGAGUUCUGAAACAUGGAAUGUAUGGGGCAUGGGCCUAUAGACCUAUAUAUAUAUUAUAGGCCUAUUAUAAUUUACAGGUCUAUAAUCUCAGACUCAUUGAAGUCCUCUUUAAUUUUAAAUACAUUUCUUCUAAAAGUAAUUAAGUACCCAAUCGAAGUCAUAAUAAUAAUUAAUAAUAAGUUAUUGUUUAAAUAAGGCAUAAGCAUCGUCUUAAAUGUAUUACUUAAUGACACUGAGUUGGUGGAAGUAUCUCUAUAAUUAAAAAGUCACCAGAGACUGGGAAUCCAUGUCCAUUUUUAUUUUUUAUAGUAAUUUAUAUCUCACUUGACUAUGAUUAGGCCUAGAUAAGUUACAACAUUUAGAACCCUUCUGUAGGCUACAUCAUCAAGUUCAAGCAGUCACCUCUCAGUUGCCAAUCGAUUAAUGAAUGUAAAAUUUAUAAUAUAAUUCUCCUUUAACAUGCAUGGUUUGUAGAUAAAGAAUAGCCAUUAAAUUUUACAAUAGGCCUAUAUAAUAUAUAUAUUAAAAAACAACAAAGAAAAUGUUAUUUAUUACAUUUUUAUUCUAUGCGAUUAAUUUGUCUUUCCCCACCAUCUCACAAUGAAGGGCGCAAACAACAGCGGGCAGCUUGGACUUGGAAACCACGACGAUCAGAUAGUUCCAUCGAUCUGUGUCCCACUACCUGCUCUCGAAGAGUCUGAUGACUUUAAGCAGGCGGGAGGAGGAGGGGGCUAUUCUUAUAUUUUAACCAGUGAGCAGGGUUGUGUUUAUUUCAUGUUUUUACAAUUCUUUCAAUACAGAAGGAUGAAACGUGUGCAAAACUUUACGCGCGCAAAUGCCCCCCCCCCCCCCCCCAAAUUUUUUAAGCAGGCGGGAGGAGGAGGGGGCUAUUCUUUUAUUUUAACCAGUGAGCAGGGUUGUGUUUAUUUCAUGUUUUUACAAUUCUUUCAAUACAGAAGGAUGAAACGUGUGCAAAACUUUACGCGCGCAAAUGCCCCCCCCCCCCUCCCAACAUUUUUUUAUGCACAUGGCAGACUUGUUUACUCUUACGAUUUUGGCGUAAAAAUUACGAUUUUGAGGUGUAUACAUUAUAUAUACUGUAUGUUUAUAUUUUACUAGUAAGAUAAUGUAUUAAACAAUUUUGUGAUGAUAUUGUACGAUUUGUAUGCGAGUAAACAGGUCUGAUAUGGUCAAUAUGGUCUCCAUUUACCUGUAAGCCUACACGAAUUUCAUUUUUAUUUAUAUAAAACUAUUUUUAAUGUGAAGAGAGUCUAAAUUCUUCAAAAUUAAUAAGUAAGAUGCCAACCGCCGAUAUACUACGUACGUCCUUUUGUCCUUUUCGUUAGCCUUGACAAGAAUAGACGUUUUAUUUGCACAUGAUAGUGUCAUUGGCCAAUUUUGUUUGAAAAUAUAAAUUAUUGUAAGUAGCCUAAUUAUAUAGGUUUUUAUGGAGAGAUCAUAGUCAUAGGAUGGCAUGUGUCUCUGUUCAUCCGUCUUAUUAAAUAUUCUUACAUGAAGAAGAAUUGACGAUAUAUGAGAUUAAGAGACACACACCUUACACUUUUCCACUAUUACUAUUAUUAGUAUUAUUGAUUUCAGUUUCAGCUCUCUUCUAAUUAUUUUCUGAAUCACUUUACUUUUGCUAGCCAGAAGGGUUAGAACGAUAGAACUAACCUUUACCCCAUCCACCAAUUUUGAUCUUGGAACAUGUUAAUGUUAUUCCCAAUGUCAACCCCCCCCCCCCCCCAACCCCCUUUCCUUUUUUUUUUCUCUUCAAAAUAUGGUCUGCCAAAAAAUAAGAAAUGUAUAACACUUCGAAAAGAGAGCAACUGCUAGGCCUAGACUAUAUCAGUAGCGUAGAUAGUGUUAGUGCCACCCCCUUCCACGAAAAAUCCCCCUGCUAUUGGCAGAAAAUGCCACCCCUCAUUGGCCCAAGGAAUAAAGUAUCACCCUGGGCGGACCGCACCCCUCUCUACGCCCCUAGCCUAUAAUUAUGUUAAUCCUAAAUUUAUUCAGACAUGAGUUUAAUAUAAGUUUACUUCCUUUGGCCUCUACAGUUACAAGAAGCUAAUAUUUGGUGGCCAUUAAGAGUCUACACAUUUAUUAGUAGUAUGGCCACGGCGAACUGCUGCAUGAGCAACAUUGGACUGAUGCCCCGUGGGUAGUGCUGCUGCACAUGCAUUUUCAAUUGUUUGUCUCCAAGAGCCGUCACUGUCUUAGGUUUUCUACCAUGUAGCCUAGUCAUAUACGACAUCUUUUAGUGUUCCCCAUUGGUAUACUGAAAGAUGGGAAACUAAAUAGCACCUCUUUGGACUUCAACGACAUCCUCAAAUUGAAAAUACCACUUUAGAAUGAUUUUAUCGUUCGUCCAUAUAUUACGUCACACUCGGGCGGGGGGGGGGGGGGGUGGAAGAGGUCUAAGGAAGUGUGGCAGUUUGUGGCACAUGGGGGAGGGGUUAGACAAUAUGUGAUGCCAUAAUUUUAUAUUUUUAUCAUAUAUAUAUAAACGCUGAAAUUGACAGUGAUGUUUAACCUUCUGUUGUGCUUGAUGUAAUCUGACAGAAGAUGCCCUUUAGUAGUGUCUAAUUUUAUUUUAAUAGUAUUAAUAGUGAAGUGUAUUUUAGAUUGAAUUCUAAUUUUUAAAACAAAACUUUUUUUUUUUGUAAGUGUGACGUAGUUUACGGGGGUGGGGGGGGGGUUGGUGUUAGAUUUAUGACUGAAAAAAAGGAGGGGAGGGUAAAAAAAUAAAAAAUAUAGAGCAUAAUGUCAAUAAUGUACUGUAUGAUAAAACAAAACUUUUUUUUUUUGUAAGUGUGACGUAGUUUACGGGGGUGGGGGGGGGGUUGGUGUUAGAUUUAUGACUGAAAAAAAGGAGGGGAGGGGAAAAAAAUAAAAAAUAUAGAGCAUAAUGUCAAUAAUGUACUGUAUGGACUGCUCCUUAUGCUACUCAAAAGGGGACUGUAGUAUGUAACUCCGCCAAUUUGUAACUGAAAGCACCGUUGAGUGUUUGCGUCACUUGUUGGUAUUACCGCCAUGAAGGCUGUUUUCAUAAAAUAAAAUUUGAAGGUCCAAAUUAAUCUCAUGAUGUAUGAAUAAAUAUAGAACUAUAAGUUUUUUUUUAUUUUCCUAAAUUGUGUAUAGGCUAUAUUUUUGGAGGACUUUGUAUAUAAUUAUCAUAAGCUAUAAAGUGAAAAUAAAUUACUGCCAUGUAACUUAGAAUAUAAUGAUAAAUAUCAUAUAACCUAUAUAUAUAUAUAUAUAUAUAUAUAUAUAUAUAUAUAUAUAUAUAUAUACUUAAUAGAUGUAUGCUUUUUAAAAAUACUAUAAAAAAGGUACAUUGGCUUGGCUGCCACUUUCUCUCCCCCCCCCCCUCCAUAAUUGUUUUAAAUUAAAUAAAUAUUAGCCAAUAAAAAUAUAUAUAUAUAUUUGUUUAAAUGUACAAUUUGGGAAAUGUUCUGGCUUCUAUGGUCUGGCAAUUCCUAUAUCAAGAAUGUUAUGUUGGUAACCAGUGAUGUGAUGUCUUCCCCGCGCCCCGCCCCUUUUCAAAAAAAAAAAAAAUGAGGAAUGACAGGUUUAAUUCAACAAGUAAAUUAUUACGAUUUUUUGUUGGUUUAAUCUUAAGACCGCUAUGUAUCACAGAAUCUGGUAAAGUCUUGACAUGUGGUAACAAUGACAGAGGCCAACUAGGCCAUGGAGACAAACACAGUUUAAUGGUGUUCUCACUAAGUCAACGUUUGACAGCAUUUAAGAUGGUUCAAAUUGCUGCUGGGUGGGACUUCAUGCUUGGAUUAACAGGUAGGCUAUGAUUAAACAAUAUUUUACUUUAAGUAUAUAGGUUUAUUGAAAAGUAACUGAUAUGCAACAUUAAAUGCACAAUAAUAAAUAAAUGGAAUGUCUAAAUAACAUUUUAGAAAAUUGAUGAUGAUAAGUUGUUGAGAUAUUAUCAUAGAUUAAUGUCAGAAACUUUAACUGUUUGAUGAUGAUUUAGAAGAUAUCUCUAUUAUGAUUUUUAAAAUUUAAAUAUAAAUAAUUAUCAGGUUCUAAAGUUUUUUCAAUUUCAAAUAAUAUGUUUUUCUUGUUUUGUAUUGUCUGCUGAAGAAAGCAUUUAGCUGAAAUGUCUUUUUAAUUGUUCUAUCUUUUUUUUUUUUUCAAGCCUAAACAUAUCUUUUUUCACUUUAUAUUUACUUCAAAUGGCUUGUCCUUGUUCUAAAGCAAUGUUUCUCAACCUUUUUAGUGCCAUGUCCCCUUGAUAAUUUGCCAAAUUGUAGCAAACGUACAACCAGUAUUAUUCCUAGAAAUUGAGAAAUGAGUGUUGAGAAGUUAAUUGGAAUGAUGGGUGGGGGUAAUAGCAUUAAUUGAUUUAUCACUAUUUAUAAUUUAUAUAUUUUAAAAAAUUAUCAUGCAUUUAUUUUCAUAAAUUUAACUUAUCAAAGAAUAAUCAUUUCACAAAAAAGCCAAAUUUGGAACUUUUUAGUGCCAUGUCCCUUUGAUAAUUUGACAAGUUGUAGCAAACACACAACCAGGAUUAUUCCUAGAAAUUGAGAAAUGACUGUUGAGAAGUCAAUUGGAAUGGUUAUAGUAAGACUAUGUAGUGAAUUAUGAGUGUUGAAUUUGUAUUUGUUGGUAGGGGUGAGUAAUAGCUAUAAGUGAAUUAUCACUAUUUAUAAUUUAUAUAUUUUAAUAAUAAUUAUCAUGCAUUUAUUUUCAUAAAUUUAACUUAUCAAAGCAUAAUCAUUUCAUGAAAAAGCCAAAGUUGGGCAAUUUUUAAACAAAUUUCUUUUUGGUAUUUGUUUUUAAAAGUCCAAAAGAAUUAAAUCGCGGGGGUGGGGAGAAAUUAAUACAUCAACAUGAUGUAGGUAUUAUAAAAAAUAAAUAAAACUUUAAUUUUAAAUUAAGUUAGCUGCUGUCAUCUGCCAAAUAAUUCAUAGUUGUUAUUUUUUUAUUAUUUUUUUUUUAUUCAUUUAGGCAUUUUUAUAUAGCGCUUACCUUAAAGCUCUAAGCGCUUUACAAUUAUUAAAAACAUGUAAACUAAGUAAAAUAAAAAUGAGACAUUUUAUGUGUAGUGUGGUCACGGUGUAGUAAUAAUAAGAAACAAGUCAAAUCUCUGUAAAUAAUAAUUAAUUUUUGAAAUAAGAUGUGAUACAAAUAAGAUAACAUUUAAAAAAAAAAAACUCGAAUCUCCAAAGUUUUCAAGCCUCCCCUGGCAUAUUGUAAGGGCAACCAAGAGGGGUGUCACAACCCACAGGAUAAGAACCACUGUUUUAAAAUAAUGAGUUACAGUACUUAUAGAUCAUUAAAAUAACUUUUUCAACAGAUGGUGGGCAGCUUUUGUCCUGGGGAUCAAAUAGCUUUGGACAACUGGGACGACUUGCAGCAGAAUCAAGUAAUGAAUUGGUGCCAGUAAGUUUAGUGAUGAGACAUUUCUUAAUUUUUAACAAUUGUACUUAUGCAUUAUUAAAAAAAAUGCAUUAAAAAAAUUUUAUUAUGAAAUCGAAUUUAAAAAACUGAAUGUUAACAACAUGAACUUUUAUUCUAAGUAAAGUAACCCAAAUUUAAUGUAUUUACAUCCAAUUUUGUAGCUUUUAAGCCCAAAUUUAUUCUUCAUCACUUACUCAUAUACUGUGGCUUCAAGGAAUGGCAAAAUAAUCUAAAUCUGAUGGUGCCUAGGAGGAGCCACAGAAAGAGAGGGUCUGUGUCUGCUCCACAAUUAAAAUAUUUUAUGGAAUGUUGAAGGGGGGAGGGGUCUAAAAAAAUAUUUUCACUUUCCACCCUAACAGAACAUAGAGGGGAUGUAGCUAAGAAGAUCUUAGUUUUCCACUCUAACAUAAAAUGGAGGCAAACACAUGCUACUUUUAAAGGCUGAGAUGUGCUCUUUUUUAUAGCUGAUGAAUUGAAUGAAAAAAUAAAAUGAACUCUGUAUUUUGUAAUCACUGACAAGAGAUUAUUUGUGUGACUUAACAGAAGGACUCACCAUCAUCUCAGAAAACGUUUUUUGAGGGAUUCUCUUCUUCCCAGCACCAUUCUUUCUCUAUCCAUCCCUCUCUGGAAGCUUAGCAAUUGAAAAUCCACCAACAUAAAUGUACCUUUUUACAUUGUUAUUUGAUUUUUUUAUAGCCCAUUCUUUGUUAUAUAAAUGGUAGUGAAUAUGCAUAACAACAACUGAAAAUGAACAUUUUUACAAUACAAGGCCUGCAAUUAAUAACUCAGGGCUACACAUUUUACUUCAGGAUCUCUGCUAAAAAUUAUCUAAAACCUAAUUGAGUAUGUAUGAUGUCACUUUUCCGAUAAUGAAUUAGUGAUCUUACAUGAGAGUUAACCAUCAUUUGCUAAACAAUUAUUAUGAAACGGGGGUGCAUAAAUUUAUUUUUAUAUACCGCUAUACACCGGUAUUGUUGACAAAAAGUUCCUAUUUAUUAAAAAAAAAUUGUAAUUUACAAAAAGAAAAUCUGUCUGUUUUCAAAAAUAUUUUUUGUUAUUUGAUAGGAAACUUAGUUCUAAAUGUAUAAUUAUUGAAUGAUGUUGAGGCAUAAAUACCUAGCCCCAUACAAGUGUAGACAUGGUAUUUUAUUUUCAAACAAAAUUUUGAUUGCCAUUUAUUCUCAGGGUGAAGUUAGUGGAUUUAAAGACAGCAAAAUUGUAGCUGUUGCAGCCGGAUUGCGGCAUGCUAUUUCUCUUACAGGUAAGGGUUUGAUAGAACAAAAUUAUUUAAAAACUUUAUCAUGGCUGCCUUCAUAAUUUUACAGACAGGCCUUAACAAUGUGACCUAAAAUGAUUGGUCCUUAAAAGUUAAGUCCUCGAGACCUUUCUGGUGUCAGUAAAAAAAGACCUUGCACACAAAUAUUUUUUUAGAGAAACAAAACAGAAAAUCUCUGAAUUUGUGAUUUAAUCUUGCUUGCUGUGAACAGAUUUAUAUUUUUAAAAAAAAUUAGCUUCAUAUUUUCAAUCAACAAGUUUUUUUAAAAGUGUGUCCGUAAAAACUUUUUGUUAGUUUGUAACUAUUGUGAAGAAUUAAUUUAUAUGUCCGAUAAUUUUAUUCAGUGGGCAACCUUGAACUGAAAGCAUUUGAACUUAGAUAUUUACAAUUCUUAACAUAAACCUACCCAUAUAUAGAAGAAUUCAAUGUCUGAUAUAUUUCACAAAUAUAUUGCCUGAGAAACAUUGGAUAUUUAUUCUUGUCCACCCUGUGGCAAACCCAGGUGGGAGUCAAGAAGGUGGCACUCUUUUAAAUUCCAUUAUUAAAAUUAUACCAACAUUAUAUAACAGAUGUGGGGUGGGGGGACACAAGUCUGGGAUUUUGUCCCAGGCAGCACUUAGUCUAGGUACACCACCGUGUCCACCAAAGCCCAUUAAUUACCAAUGCAAUUAAGGAUUUUUAAAGAUUUCUAACUCUUCAUUUUUAUACUUCAAACAAUUUCACACAGCCUAAUUCCAAGUUCAUUUAUAACUUAUACCAACAGAAGUAAAUGGUUUAUUGGUGAACAACAUUAUCAUUGAUUCAUGAUUUGAAAAACUGACAAAUAUCAAUAGAAGUGAAAGUUUAUUGAUGGAUAAUAUAAUUUUUAUAAAUUGUGAUGCAAAUUCUUGCAGAAUCUGGCCAAGUUUACACAUGGGGAAAUGGUAGGAAAGGCCAGUUGGGCUGUGUAGAAGCUGAUGGAAACCCUUUGCAAAAGACACAGAAUCCAAUAUUAGGUCAGUUGUAUUUUUUUUGGUUUAUUAUAUACCAUUACUGAAUCUGUCAAUUAACAACAGUAAGCUUCUAAUUUUCCUUAAUUUUAUUAUAUUUUAAUUGGUGGAUCACCCAUUUUCCAUCACGUAUCUGCUUUGCUAUCCAUGCUAUCUCAUUACAUUGGCACUACGGUUGCAUAGGCAUAGUUUAUUAAUAUUAUUACCUCAUGCAAUGAACCAUUGCACUUCACAAAAUAAGAAAUAUUUUAUAUAAAAUUUUUAAAAGAAACAGUAACCAACAAAAAAAUAAGAUGAAACUGAAACAUUUCACGAAUAACUAAUGUUGAAUUUGAAUAGAAAACAAUUUUCACUACACUACUUCAGAGAAUCAAAAAGAAGCACACAAUUUAGCAAUGUUAUUAUUUUUUUUUUAAUUGCGUUUAUAUUUUUGGAAGAUACAAGUUCAUACAUUUUGCAUUUUGUCAACAUUCAGGUGACAAUGCUACCUCAAUCUAGGACUAGAUUUUCUUUGAUGCAUUGGCAUGUAGUCAUAUAGAAUGCCUUUAAUUGAUCAAUUAUUAUUACAUUUUGGUAAACAGGUGGUACUUGAAUUACGAAGGACUUCUGUUACUUGAGGUUACUUAUUUUGAAAGAUUUUGUUUCAUUUAAAAUUAGGCAUCAAACCCCCUAAAUGUUUACCUUUUCGCAAAUAUAAUAUCAUCCUAUAUGUUAGUUGUAAUUUUUACAUAUAAAAAAGGAUUGUAUUAAAUAUAGAAUAUGAAUAUUUUAUCAUAAAAAUAUGCUAAGAACAUGUUAUAAAGUUGAAAAUAUACUAAGAUAAAACAAGAUUCAAAUAGAUUUCCUACACUCCCAUGCGACAGUACAGUACUUAGUAUUGGUGUUUUAUUUAAAAUAUCAUUUAUUUUAUUAACAAUUCUUUCUAAAAAUAUUAAAAUUGUGAUAUUUUUUAUAAUUUAUAGUAUAACAAAUGUUUGUAGAUCAAAAACUGCCUAUGGUGGUACUAUGUAUUUUUUUCUUCUUAUAUUUUCUUUUAGUUCAAUUUCCUCAGAGAGAAAUAGUGGUCUGUGUAACUGCAGGCAUGUAUCAUUCAGGAAUUUCUACAGGUCAGUUUAUUCCUUGGGUUGCUGUAAAAGCAAGGCACGAUAACAAAGCAUCACAAGCAACCCAUUAGGGAAAACUUAUAGUUAUACCAUAGUAAAUUAAACAUUUAAAGUUCUGUCACCAGAUAAAUAAUCUCCAAGAAAAUUUUUAGUGCCGGUAUCUGAGCUAAUUAAAAUUAAAACUAAAGAGAGAUUUAAAACUUUUCACAAAAAAGGACAAUGUCAAAAAAAUUUCAGAUGCUGGCAAUAUUCAUGUAUGGGGUUGCAACAAAUAUGGCCAAUGCUCAGCAGAUCCUAAAGAUUCAUCAGUUUUUUUAAAUCCUCAUGUGGUAUUUCUUCCUGUGAAAGAACAAGCAGAGGGCAGUAAAAUUGUUGCACUGACCAGUGGAUGGACUCACUUGAUUGCCAGAACAGGUUUUAGAACUAUACAAAUUUGAUUGGAUUCAGUUCACAUUUUAAUUUGACUUCAAUUUUAGAUUUAAUGCUUAAAAUGUUUUUAUAGACAGCAAGAAUGUAGAUUAGAAAGUAAGUAAUGGCAUGUUUUGUCUGUUCUUAAGAAAAUUUCUGUGAUGAAAUGGUAAGCAUGGUGAUGAAAAUGGACUGUUUAACCAAUGUUAAUCAUAUCCAUUCAAUAAGUGCAAAUAUUCUCUGUUUAUUUUGCCAGCGUCUGGUGAUCUUUACAGUUGGGGAAGAGGCGAUCUGGGCCAGUUGGGUAGGAAGUGUGAGCAGUCAUAUGAUUAUAAGCCAAAACAAAUUGUAGGACUCCAUCAUGUUAAGUCCCAAUUUUGUGGCUCAGAGCAUAACUUAGCUCUUACAGGUAAAUGAAAAUAUGAAAUAAUAAAUGGUCUGUCUUAACUUUUUGAAUACUUCGUGAUCAUGUCACAUCAAUAAAUUUAAUUUAUCUUUGGUCGCUUAAUAAUUCCUGUAGCUUAGUGACAACUUAGUGUAACAUUAUUCAAUAUUUAUGACGCCAUACAUUCAUACAUUAAAAAAUGAUUUUGACGAAUAGUUGAUUUCUUUAAUUUGAAAAGCUGGUUUUCAGUUAUUUGGAAUUUCAGAAAAAAAAACUUUAGCCAAAUGUAUCAAUGAUGAAAAAAGAACAUUCAGCUUUAAAUUCCUUUUUGAUUUCAGAUGAUAACAAUGUGUACUCAUGGGGCUGGAAUGAACAUGGUAUCUGUGGUACAGGAGAUGAACAAAAUGUGAUGUAUCCUACUAAGGUUCCUGCAUUUAUAGCAUGCUCUGUUGUGGCCAUUGGUUGUGGAACAGGACAUUCCUUUUGCUAUGCAAAGGACACACAUUAAAAUGAGUCAUCAGGACCACCAUUACCAACUGUGAUAACGUGAAAUAUUUUAAAACAGAUUCAAACCCAGUGGUCUCAAAGUGUCAUGAGGUCAAGUGCUAGAAUGUUUCAUAGAAGACUACUGCGCAGAAACCACUCAUACAUUUUCAGUUUGAUCUUACCACAAAGUUGAAAGUGUAAUAAAAUGUAAAAAAUACUUUGCUUUU